AGGAGGACGAGGGAUGGGCCGCAGCCGGAGUCGGUCCCCGCGGAGAGAGCGUCGGCGGUCGCGGUCGACGUCCCGGGACCGGGAGAGGCGGCGGCGAGAACGCUCCCGCUCGCGGGAAAGAGAGCGGCGACGGAGCCGGUCCCGUUCCCCCCACCGCAGGCGCUCCAGGUCUCCGAGAAGGCACCGAUCCUCGUCCCCAUCCCCUUCCCGCCCAAAAGAGAGAAGAGAUGACGAGAAGAAAGACACGAAGGACGGGAAAGGCAAAGAGCGGCAGAUUACGGAAGAAGACUUGGAGGGCAAAACCGAAGAAGAAAUCGAAAUGAUGAAAUUAAUGGGAUUUGCUUCUUUUGACACCACUAAAGGGAAGAAGGUGGGCGGCUCAGUGAAUGCUUAUGCCAUCAACGUGUCUCAGAAGAGGAAAUACAGGCAAUACAUGAAUAGAAAAGGAGGAUUCAACAGACCUUUGGAUUUCAUCGCGUGAUGGCCUUCGCUUCAACCGGGAAUCCCGACGGUCCGGCCGGGCGCCCGCUGACCCUCUUCUCUCACGCUUAAAAGGACUUGAAAUGGAGGAGACGUUCGGAAAAACUCGCCCGGCCCGGGAGCCGAAGACCGGCGUCACUCCCCGCCUUUCCAGAAGACGGUAUCCUGACGUCCUUCCCCGACUCACCCAGUUGGAUGGGAUUCGUUAGGUCGCCGCGUGUCUGCCUCGGGAAUGCUGUUUUUGAUAUCGUUCCCAAUGAAGUCGUAUUUUUCCCCCCCCUCCCAACGGUGUUCUGGUUCCUGAACAAAAUCAAUCAAUCAAUCA